GCCAGGAUGAGCAGUGUCGCGGACCGCCGCAGCUCGCUAGAAGGAGACAAUGAACAGCAAGAGAUGUUGCCGAGGAAGAAGAGUGCUGUUCUGGUGGAUGGAGUUAUACUGAAUGGCCCUACAACCAAUGCGAAAGCAGGAGAACAGUUCGUGGAAGAGGCCUGUAGGCUAAUAAUGGAAGAAGUGGUUUUAAAAGCUACGGAUGUCAAUGAGAAGGUGUGUGAAUGGCAGCCUCCUGAACAACUGAGACAACUCCUGGACUUGGAGAUGAGGGACACCGGAGAGCCACAUGACCGGCUCCUGAAACUCUGCCAAGAUAUCAUCCACUUCAGUGUCAAAACCAAUCACCCAAGAUUUUUUAACCAGUUGUAUGCUGGCCUUGAUUAUUAUUCCUUGGUGGCUCGAUUCAUGACGGAAGCACUGAACCCCAGUAUUUAUACGUAUGAGGUGUCCCCAGUGUUUCUGUUAGUGGAAGAAGCAGUUUUGAAGAAAAUGAUUGAAUUUAUUGGCUGGAAAGAAGGCGAUGGAAUAUUUAACCCAGGAGGUUCAGUGUCCAAUAUGUAUGCAAUGAAUUUAGCUAGAUACAAAUAUUGUCCUGAUGUUAAAGAGAAGGGGCUGUCUGGGUUGCCAAGAUUCAUGCUUUUCACAUCUGCAGAGUGUCAUUACUCCAUGAAGAAGGCAGCUUCCUUCCUUGGGAUUGGUACGCAGAACGUGUGCUUUGUGGAAACAGAUGGAAGAGGUAAAAUGAUACCUGAAGAGCUGGAGAAGCAAAUCUGGAAAGCCAGGAAAGAGGGGGCCGAACCCUUCCUUGUCUGUGCCACGGCAGGUACCACUGUCCUGGGUGCCUUCGAUCCUCUGGAUGAAAUAGCAGACAUCUGCGAGAGACAUGGGCUGUGGCUCCACGUGGAUGCUUCCUGGGGUGGCUCAGCUUUGGUCUCUAGGAAGUACUGCAAGCUUCUGCAUGGCAUCAACAGGGCCGAUUCAGUGGCCUGGAACCCACACAAGAUGUUGAUGGCUGGAGUCCAGUGCUGUGCUCUACUGGUGAAAGACAAAUCCGGUCUCCUUAAGAAGUGCUACUCUGCUGAAGCAUCCUACCUAUUCCAACAGGAUAAGUUCUACGAUGUAAGCUAUGACACGGGGGAUAAAUCCAUCCAAUGCAGCAGGAAACCUGAUGCAUUCAAGUUCUGGAUGACCUGGAAAGCAGUGGGCACUUUAGGCCUUGAAGAGAGGGUGAAUCGAGCCCUUGCUUUAUCUAGGUACCUCGUAGAUGAAAUCAAGAAGAGGGAAGGUUUCAAGUUACUGAUGGAGCCUGAAUUCACCAAUGUUUGCUUUUGGUACAUUCCACCAAGCCUUAGAGAAAUGGAAGAAGGACCCCAGUUCUGGGAAAAACUUCAUUUGGUGGCCCCCGCCAUUAAAGAGAGGAUGAUGAAGAAGGGAAGCCUCAUGCUGGGCUACCAGCCCCACAAAGGAAAGGUCAACUUCUUCCGCCAGGUGCUGAUCAACCCUCAAGUGAGCCGGGAAGACAUGGACUUCCUCCUGGAUGAGAUAGACCUUCUAGGAAGAGAUAUGUAG